AACAAUAACAACAGAGAAUCGAAAAAUUACAAGAAAAAUUUUAAAAAGUGGAUAAAUCAAUGUAAAAUCAUGACGGUCACAAAUCGUCGUCGUAUCACAACACUCUCGAACAAUCGAAUCACGCCGCAAUUCAACAAUAUUCCCGACCAGGCCGAACAAAUCGCCUCAGCAGACUAUCCCAAUGACGAUUAUUUUCCGUUCCCAAAGCACUUGCCAUUUCCCCAAGUCCCGCACAAUUCGGAGCUCUUCAAUGAGUUUUAUUUGUUCGUUUUCUCAAUCAUGUGUGCGGCAUUGCAGUUUAUUCAUCUCUACCGAACAACCUUUUGGCUCGAACAAAGUUCCAGCACCACUGUCAACUUUUACUUGAUCGAUAAGUAUUUGGUGUACUUCAUUUUUGUCAUCAGUUCCCGCAGAUUGUUCUAUUGCCUGCUGGAACGUGGAUGCGAUUUUAUUUGUGCAAAGCGAAAAAUCACCUUGGAACAGUCGACUCUCAAUUACAUUAAAUAUUCAUAUUUUACAGUUCUUGUAUUUUUGUUGCUAGCAUGCAGCUUUAAAAUUUUCCAAAAAUACAGUCUGCUUUACAUCAUUUGUUUAUCGUAUCCACUGAUUUUGUACAUUUUUAUUUUUCGGCUGAAAAUCGAUCCGUUUUUGAAAAUUAAUUACGCUUCGGAUAAUCUCACAAUAAUGAAUGAUUUUCCAGUUCACAGUUGUUCAAUAAACGCUCAUACCAUUCGGACUGAAAUUGAGGCACUUAAGAAUGACUUCAAUAAUCGUUUUAAGCAAGUUGUUUUCACGUCCGUGUUGAACGCUUACUACGCUGGAUUUAUCCCCCUUUGUUUCGUUAAUCGGCACCUGUACUUUGAUAAAUUAUGGGCAACACAACAUCUGACUUUCGCUUUUCUUGGAGCUUUUACAACAUCACUGGCUUAUUGCUUUCCCGUGAGAUACAGUGAUGUCUUGCAUAGAGCUAGUUUGCAUUUGGGAGUCUGGAACAAAACAUCGACGAGAAAUCAUCCGCCACCGAUUCCAUGGAAUAAGUCUAUAAUAUGGUCUUUUGGCUCAUAUGUGAAAUUUUCUGGCGAAGUGUAUCGAUCAAAUUCCUAUUCAACAUGUGCAACUCCCGCAAACAAUAGUCAUUAUAGGUUUUAUACAAUUUUUAAAAAUCCAUCAAAUAUUUACUCAAUCAUGGCCACGAUACAGGCAAUUAUUGUCGUUAUCCAACUCUUAAUGCUGAUAACGUGUUCGGAAUGGCCCGUAGUUUUAUCGCUCAGCUUUCUUAUAUUGUUUAAUUUUUACACUUUAUUCAAACUUUUACGAGACUUUUUAGUUGCAAAAAGUAUUUAUUCAGCGGAAACAGCAGUCAAUGAAAAAUUGAGGAAUGGAAACACGUGAAUUUUCUAAUUAUUUUUAUUGUUAAAUAUUUUUAAAAAAUAAAGA